GUGGAAACUCCCUCACCCUAAGCCCCAGCCUUGACCCGACCCUGGAUGUCCUUUGCCCAGACCUCCUCGAGCAGGUCCUCUUCCUUUGCGGCUCGGGAGCUGUCGUGUAUCUAGCAGCAUCGCCACUAGCCGAGUCAGCAGACUCGCCAGACGACGUGGGUUCCUCCUCGUGGCUGCUGUCGGCAAUGCACGAGCAAACGGCGGCUGCAAAGGUUUCCCGUUGCACCUGGCUCCUCAGCAUUGUACACACUGCAGGGGGUCAAGGGCAUUUGGAGUUGCCCCCCACUUCUUCUUACUGGUCGUCUGAGCGGCCCCAGGCCUGGUUGCAUCAGGGCAACUGUGCUCUGAUCUUGAUACCCCCAUUACUGCACUCAGACUCAGCUGUUCCGGGCCAGCCCCAGCUUUGGGCUGCUUCAUACCGCCCGCUUUCCGCCCUGGCGGCCAGCUCGCCCGCCUUCGCUCCCCCGCAACGCGCAAGUGAAUUUGCAUCUUCCUUUGCCACGAUCGCUGCCCCUCUGCUCCCGGCAGAGGGCCGCGUGCUCUCCCUGCAGUCAGUCAUCACGUCUAUUCCACGCAAAGGCCUUUUCGCAGGCCCACAUGCACUUCAUGAUGGAGCUGGAAAACGCUCCAUUGCCGAUUGGAGCAGCCCUGCAAGCCAUGAUGCAUUUCGGGGAUUACGCAAAGCCCUGCUGCAAUUCUGCAUCUCAGCUCGAGCCGACAAACGCUUGCUUGCUCGCGGUUCCUGCCCGUCGACUGAACCGCUUUUCAGCUCUUCCGAAGUGUCCGCAGCCAGGGAUCUGGUGUUUCCUUCGCUGGGUAUGCAGACCCCGGACAACGCUUGGUAUGUGCAUCCAUACCAACCCAUGUGCUUGCACGCUUUUGAAGCCCUGGCACAACAUUGUGGCGAUCAGGACAUUCAUUUGUUUCCGCAUUUGCGUAUGGGUGUGCCAACCGGGUACUUGAAUGACAUCCCCCCUUCCAACUGUUUCUGGCCUCCCAAAGGCCAAUCAGGGGAGCUGAUUCCAUUGGCGCUCAAUCUUGAAAACUGGAAGUCGGCCGAUGUGGCUCCUGAGGUCACUUCGCGCUUGUUCCAAGAGGAGUUGGACGCGGGAUACUGCUUUAAGUUUGAGGGCACGCUUGAGGAAGCGAAAAGUAGAUGGCCCGUGGGCCUAGCACUGGGAAAAUUGGGAGUUGUUAGGGCACCGGGGAGGGCCGAACGACUCGUGUUGGACAACAGCGUAGCUGGGACCAACUCUCAGUGCACAGUGCCGGAACGUCAAUGUUUCCCGAGCAUACACGAUGUUUCGCAUUCUUUCCCGAUUCGCGAGACUUCCGACCGCCAGAUGGCCAUUUGCAUUGAUGUCAAGCAGGAACUGGAAUCCUUUCUGGGCCUUGCCAUGUGGGCCUGUGCACUCUUCCCCACUAUGCGUGCCAUGCUGCACCCUUUCUACAAAGACCUGUGGUCUCCGGCCUUCGAGCGUUGGUUGCAACACGUGGCACCACUCGCCAGCAUGCGCCCGUCACAGGUUGCAGACGUUGAAGCCUUUGCCGAUGCAUCGGAAUUUGAAGCCGCAGGCAUUCCUUUCGGCAAUGACCUGGCUAAGGAGAUAGCCAGUUGUGAAGCCCUGGCUCAGGCAGGUCUGAAUAAGAUGUUUUCCACAAAGUUUCCCCUCGGCCUCGUUCUUGAACACAUCGCCCUCCUGGCGGCCAUGCGUCGCAUCUCUAUCGAUGUGUCUCAGUCCCAGGUGCCAAGAACUGCAAAGCCGACGCACUUAGCCGGCCAGCUGAGUACCCCACACCUCCAGACUGCCUUCCGUGCCAGCGCAUACGCUUUGGGCUCUCUGCUCUCUGGGAGCCUGGUCCUGCGGUGCAGAUUUUCCCUUCCAGCUUCACCCUGCCUUGGCUUCGUUGAAAUCUGCCACCCCCUUCAGCCCACACUUCCUUGGCUUUCUUGA